UCAAUGAAAACACCUAACCCUUGUUUUUAAUUGGUUACCACCAAACUAGCUGACUUCGCAACUGAAAGAAACAUGUUAUCUGAUAUGCACUACCUACAGCCAUCAAGGUGGUUGUAUUAAUUAACUUAGUUUGGUUAUAUUACUCAAAAAUUUCAACGAAUAAAGCUAAAAAUGAUUGUGGAACUUAAUAAACCAUUACAUGAUGAAGGUUCAACUCUGCACGGCAAAAUAAUGCAGUGGGGGAUAUCAGAUAAUAUAAUAUUUCAAAUUAACAACCAACCUUGAGGGGAAUGUACCGCCAUCAUUUUGCAAAGCCAUCAGGGAGGUUUCUUGAUCAGAUGGUAUAAUAUUGACGACGGAUAUUCAGGGCUCCGAUUUGAAUUUUAUCCACUAGUUAGAAAUUUCUCUUUUACUAGCUUAGUUCGCUAGUCAGUUGUUAUAUUUUUCGCUAUAAGUUGUAAUCAGACAGUAGUCUGACGAACAAAUAAUAAGAAUGGCAAAAAUCUUAUUUAUUUUGUCUUGCCUGCAUGAACAUAGGAAACUCAAAACUUUGAAUAAACAAGAAGUAAAAAUAAGACGUGAUGUCCAAUGCUUGAUCCCUAAGGAGAAUCGAAUCAUCAAUUUUACCAAAUCUUUUAUGAUAUCAACUCAGCAAUGUUAUCAAUUACUGUAACGGAAGAGUAAGAUAUAGAAUAUUAUCUAAAAGGGUCGUGCCAACAUGAACAAGGAAAUUAGUCGUAAUCAUGAAUCAUAUAUGGUUGCAUUUUUUCUUCUUAGGAUGCAUAUAACUUGUCAAAUAAUCAUUUUUUUUUUAAGUUGUUUGCACUAAUUCUUAAUUAAGUUUUCAUUUAGCUUUUUGGUUAUAAAUUCUAGUUAAUAAUGCAUUAACGUUUCAUUCAUCACAUCAAUUACAAGCUUUCACUUGGUAAGCAUUUCUCCAAAAUAUCAUCGUCGAUCGUUUUUGUUUUUAAUGGGGGAGUAUUUCGACUCUAACUGUCCAAAAAUUUAUGUGCAAACUUUUGGCGAUGAACAAAUUGUGAAUCUUGAUGUCAAGAUUAUUGGAGAACCAACUUUGGUUCCUCCAGCAGAGGAGACGCCAACGGGUAUAUACUUCUUGGCUAACAUCGACAGAGGAGCUGACAUGAUUCAAACUGUUCAUUGUUUUAGCAAAAGAUUUGAUGGAAAGUCUUUAGGUGCAGCUCCAGCCUUGAAAGAUGGCUUAGCGAAUGUUCUUGUUUACUACUAUCCAAUUGCUGGACGUCUCACGUUGAAUGAGAAAAAUAAGUUCGCAAUCGAUUGCAGGGGCGAAGGUGCUCUUUUUAUUGAGGCUGAGGCAGACUGCAUGCUGGAAGAGAUCGGUGACUUGACGCAACCCAAUCCUGCUACUUUUAAGAAACUUGUUUAUGGAAAUCCUGGUCCAGUAAACAUAAAUGAAAAUCCUCCUCUGCUUGUGGCUCAGGUGACCAAAUUCAAGUGCGGAGGAUUUAUUCUUGGACUAAGCCAGAAUCACACAGUAUUUGAUGGAAUAGGGGCAAUGGAGUUUGUCAACUCAUGGGGCGAGGUUACGAGAGGAGUACCAUUAACAAAACCACCGUUCCUAGAUCGAACCUUACUCAAAGCACGAACCCCACUUAAGACGCAAUUCACCCAUAUACUCGAGGAAAUCAUAGACAUCUCAAACACCGAGGCUCUUUGGGCAGAAGAAAAUCUCCUUAAUAAAUCCUUUAUUUUUCACCCAGACAAGCUAGAAAAGCUAAGGAGAAAAGCCAUGGAAGAUGGGGUUCUGAAAAAAUGUACCACUUUCGAAGUACUUACUGCUUUGAUGCUGAGAGCUAGAACAAAAUCAUUAAGACUUCAUCCUGAUCAACAAGUAAGGCUACUCUUUCCUGUUGAUGCUCGGUCCAGAUUUGACCCGCCGUUGCCAAAAGGUUAUUUUGGCAAUGCAAUCGCAUUAAAGAACUGUCAGUGCAGCGUGAGGGAGAUGCUAGAUAGUCCAUUGUCAUCAACAAUAGAGCGAAUCCAACAAUUGAUUAGGUUGGUUACAAAUGAAUACAUGAGAUCGACCAUAGAUUCCUUAGAAGAAUAUGAACGAUCGUUACCUAAAGCUCAUACCCUGUUUAUAAGUGUGUGGACUAGGAUAGGAUUCCAUACUAUGGAUUUUGGUUGGGGAGAGCCUAUUUUCUCAGGCCCUCCAACUUUGCCAACAAAUGUAGUCUUUUUCUUGGCUCAUGGGGAAGAAAGGAAAGGCAUAAAUUUGUGUCUAAGUCUGCCUGUUUCAGCCAUGAAGAUCUUUGAAGAAACAAUGACUACAAUUGAGUAGAACCGAGAGAAAAAUCUUUUAUUUGUAUGUAAUUAUCUCAACAACAAAGGUGUUGAUUAUUAUUUUUGUAUGCAUGAUUGUGUAUAAUUUUAUACUUUGGUAUUUAUACUUGAUUCUAAA